AACAUUUCAUUAUUAAUCUCUCUCUCUCUCUCUCUCUCUCUCUCUCUCUCUCUCUCUCUCUCUCUCUCUCUCUCUCUUCAUUUUCAAUCUAAGACCCAUUUCGUCAAUUUCCCAAAAUCUCUUUCUCUUUCAAUUUUCUUACCAUCAUUGUUCCUUUUUGGUACCAACAAUGGAACUCGAUUCAUCUUCACUACAACUCAAUCAGAGCAAGGUUGAUUCCAAUGGAAACCAAGUGAGUCGUAACAAUGCACGCGGAAUUCGUGUUAUUGGAAACAGAAUCUAUGAUUCUCAAAAUGGCAAAACUUGUCACCAGUGCCGGCAAAAAACAAGGGAUUUUUCUGCAGGAUGUAAGAAUCCAAGAGAUGGGAAGCCUUGUCUCAUUAGGUUCUGCCACAAAUGCCUCUUGAAUAGAUAUGGGGAAAAGGCGGAGGAGGUAGAUCUAUUGAAUGAUUGGAAUUGUCCAAAGUGCAAAGGCAUUUGCAACUGUAGUAUAUGCAUGAAAAAAAGGGGUCAACAACCUACUGGUUUACUAGUUCGUUGUGCCAAGGCAUCCGGUUAUAACUCUGUGUCAGAAAUGCUUAGCAAGAAGGCUUCUGAAGAUUUGCAAUCGAACAAUGCUGCAGUUUUGCCUAUUAAGGAAGCUACUUCGGAAAUGGAGCUUGUAGUGGAUCUAUCAGGGGAACCAGGGAAGGAAAACUCAUUAGGUGGAAAAAAAGGUUUAAAAGUUGAAAAUGAGAAAACCAAGAAAAUGAAGCGGGAAAAGCUAAAGGACAUGUCUAAUUAUAACAGUGUUGAUGAUGCUUGUCAAAACAAGAAAUUGAAAAUGUCUAAACUUUGUAAUGGAGCUUCAGACGGUGAAGUGAAAAGAAAUGCAAAGGCUGAAAUGGAAACAAAAGUAGAGGAGAAUCAUGGCAUGAUUCGUGGUCAAAUGGAUGGUCCUGUUGCGAUGGAUGAUGGUGACAAUGCUACUGCCAAGUCUCAGACAAAUGGUAUAAUUUUGCAUGCUCAAAAAAUUAAGGAAGAGACUCCUUUGCCUCCUGGCAUUGAGAUGACAAAAAUAUUAGAUAUUGAGUUUGCACCAGAAGAUGUUGGGAAUGCGUUGCAGUUUUUAGAAUUCUGCAGAGUGUUUGGAAAGGCUCUUGAUAUCAAGAAAGGAGAAGCUGGAGCUAUUUUAAGAGCAUUGAUACGUAAGCAAAAUUUACGACGCGGACAAAAUACUUUAGUGGUUGAGUUCCAAAUCAAGUUGUUGACUUUGAUACUAUCUGAAUCAGAAACUGAGUCUUCAUCCUUAGCUGAGGGCAAUGGAAAAAAUUCAUGGUUGAAAGUUUUGGAGGAUUUAAUUACUGAAUCUGAUCUUGAACUAAAAGAGUUUGCAUUGGAUUGGCUUAAUAGAGGCAUUAGUGGAUAUAAUGAGUUGGACAUAUCUAAAAAGCUUAUCCUUCUGAAUUUUAUCUGUGAGGAAGCUCUCUGCACAAUGAAGCUAAGGAGUUAUAUUGAUGACCAAAAUGCAAAAAUUGCUGAAGAAAUGAAAGCAGCAAAAUCUAAGGUUGCUGAAGCUAAGGAAAAGGAAAGAAGUCUUAAGCUACAGCUGCAAGAUGAGAUGGCAAAAGCUGUUAUAUCGAAUGGGAAUAAUCUCUCAAUCUCAGAAUACGAUGCUCUUGUUUCAAAAAUUAAAAGUGAAGCAGCUAAAGCUCAUACCGAGUUGCUUGAGGCAAAGGGCAUAAUUCCUAAAGGGAACCAAUGUUGUGAUGCAGUGAGAAUUGAGCCUGAAUACUUGGAUAACAGUGGUAAGACGUUCUGGAAAUUAAGAUGCUGUAAUGAUGAAUAUGCUUUCUUGUUACAAGAUAUGAAGAUCCAUGAAGAUGCUGUUAAAGUCAAUGAAAAAUGGUUUGUUUAUGCAGCUGAGCAGAAAGAUGAGGUCAAUAAGUACAUUUCCUCUAGGAGAGAUUGCUUACCAAAGCUUACUUCAGUGUAAUUGUUUGAGAGUAGUUACCAAAUUACAUGCCAGCUUGCUUGGGAUAUUUGACUGUAAAAUGUAAUUUAGGAUCCUUCUAGUUUUUUGGUAACAGAAACAAAAGUCCUUAGGUUUGAAUGUAGCUAGUUACUUUAACAUCCCAGAUGAUGUCUGUCUCUUGCAUGAUGAUUCUAUUUUGUUUAAAAUAUAUUUUUAGUCCUUGGGUUUUUACAAAUAUAUUUCAAAUAAUAAUGAUGCAGAUUGACCAAAUAUUGGAGGUA